AUGGAAGAAUCGAAUAUUAUACCAAAUGAAGCUUUGUCACAGCCUGUACCCUCAGAGCCCGCUGGAAGUUCAGAGCGUGACCAUCGUAUAAUUGUUCCUGCUGGCAGAGUGAUCAGAGCUCUCAGCGCGAUGUUACUUCAAACGGUUAACUGCUUGAUUUUCAUAUUGGCGUAUUUGCCACAGUUUGCAUUCGGUUUUGGUAUACACCUUAUUGAAGUCUCUGAUACGGAUCAGUCACAAAUCGAAUGCACCAUAGCCUUUCUUCAGAAAUAUUUCCAAAAUGCCGAACCACUGUCAGGUUCGUUGAUCUCCAUGAGCUUUACAUCGGCCUCGUUAAAUAUACAGGAGGGUAUCUUGACCGCCAUACAUGCACAAGCUGCCGUUCCAUGGACUGUGGUGGUGAAAAAUCCACACCAACCUUCUACGAGUAGUACGUCUACUAUGAUUUUGCACGAGAAACCUCAGUGUUAUUUUGUUAUUACUGAGAAUUUGCAAGACGGUGACUUGGAAGAUGUGUUUGAGGACUGGAAAACUAAUAUCAAUUGGAAUCCUCUUGCACAAUUCGUAGUCUAUAUGGCUUCGAUCGAGGAAACCGACGAAGAAAUGACUGAGUUAAUGAUCGAGAUACUGCUAGAUUUUAUGAGUAGGAAAAUUUACAAUGUGAAUGUGAUCGGACGAAAUGAAGAGAAUGGUUUAUUUUAUGGGAAGACCGUGUUUCCGUACCACCCGGACAACAAUUGUGGCAAUAGAGUAAUAGCUAUAGAGACUUUAGAUAUCUGUGAUUAUUAUGAUACGGGUACAACCAAAUACAACGAAGAUUACGAUGAAGUUGGAGAUGAAGAAAUCGGAGAGGAGGAUAAUCAAGGCAGAGAUGAUGAGGAUGGAGAUGAAGGAAAUGUAGAUGAAAGUUAUUGUGAAGAUGAUGGAGAUAGAGAUGAAGAUGAAGAUGAAGAUGAAGAUGAAGAUGAAGAUGAAGAUGAAAAAGAAAACUACGACGAUGGCUCUGGCUAUCACGAAACUACAUAUCAAAAUAAAAAGGCAAGAGAAUUUGUGAUAGAAACCAAUAAAACCAAGGCGUAUGAAGAUGAGCACGGCGAAGAACACGGUUUAGGCGAUAAUGUUGAUGAAAAAAUUCUAAAAAAAGUUCAACAAGUCAAUAAUUUAAGGUCUGACAAGAAAUUUCGAAAUGAAAAAGGCUGUAAAGAAGCUAUUCAAAAUGUAAACAAAAAAGGCCCAUCAAACAGGCACAAACGCCAGAAAAGAUCGCGGCACAAAUGUAAACAGCUCAGGCACUACAAGCAAUACACUUCAAAUGAUACUACCAACCAGAAAAUUUACUUUCAAGAAUUCUAUCAAGCGCUAUUUUUGGACAAGUUCCCUAAAGAUCUCAGCGGAUGCCCAGUCGUGGCUGCUUAUCGUCCGUGGGAGCCAUAUAUAUUCAAGGAAGCCAGUGAGUAUGGCGCCAGUGAGCAUGCCAAUCCUACUACUUACGAAAGCGAUGAAGAAACACCAGCAGACGUGGAAGCGCACAAGUUAAGCAGUGAGGAAAGUUCAGAGAAGAGUGCAAAGGAAAGUGAAGGCGAUGGCGAUGGCGAUACCGAUGAUUACAGCGAUGCUGACGACGCAGAUACAGAUUUGAAUGCCUACAAUGAUGUAGACGCGUUUGAUGUGAACGAUGAACCAACGAUGAAAUUAAAUGGUAUUGAGUACCAAUUGAUGCAGACUAUCGGCGAACGUCUAAACAUUGCUAUAUAUUUGCAGGUGGAGAAUAGUAAUCUCUAUCAUCUCUUCCAACAACUUAUUGAUGGUGACAUCGAAAUGAUUUUGGGUGGCAUUGACGAAGAUCCAAGCAUAAGUCAAUUCGUCUCGAGCACCAUAGCCUACCAUCAGGAUGAUCUCACUUGGUGUGUCGCCAAAGCUAAACGCAAAUAUAAUCUCUUUAACUUUUUACAAAGCUUUCACAUCAGCACUUGGAUUUUUACGUUUUUCUUUAUUCUCGCAACUUCGCUAAAUAUUUUUGUAGCCCAAAAAUUGUUAAGAAUUCGACUCACACAUUUUGGUGGUUUUUUUGUCACAAUCCUACGCAUUCUUGGUAUUAUACUGAGUCAGUCCACAAGUCUAUCGCGUCUGCCCAAUUCUUUACACAUAACUUUUGGCAGCGCCUUCUUUCUGGCCAUAAUGUUCAUAAAUAUAUAUCAGAGUUUUCUGGUCAGUACAUUGACAACGCCAAAAUCUUCCUACCAGAUCAGUCACGUGGAGGAAAUUUAUCGCAAUCGUAUGACAGUCACUGGCAGUGUGGAAAGUGUGCGUCAUCUCAACAAAGAUGGUGAGACUUUCAAAUACAUACGUGAAAAUUUCGAAAUAUGCUACAAUAUCGAGGAGUGUCUCAAUCGUGCUGCCACUGAUGAAAGCAUCGCUGUCGCUGUUUCUCGUCAACAUGCUUUCUACAAUCCGCACAUACAACGCGAUCAACUCUACUGUUUCGAUCGCAAUGAGAAUCUCUACAUCUAUUUGGUCACAAUGUUAUUGCCAAGAAAAUACCAUUUGCUGCACAAAAUCAAUCCUAUUAUUCAGCAUGUUAUUGAGUCAGGGCAUAUGGAGAAAUGGGCUCGGGAGCUUGAUUUAAAACGCAAAAUACGCGAGGAGAUACAACGAGCACAAAAGGAACCGGUCCAUGGAUUAACAAUGAGUCAAGUUUUUGGCAGUUUUUUCCUGCAUGGCAUGCUAUCGGUACUGGCCUUCCUAAUAUUCUUACUUGAACGCUGGACUCAUUGGAUGGUGGUAAAGAAACGCACACGUUUGAGAUUGCUUAAGAUGCUGCAUCGCAAAUUUAGCCACAUCUAA